AUACAAAGGACAUUGUGCAAAUUUUUUGGUAGAAAAAAUUAUGACAUUGAUGGAUUUCCAUGGAAUUACGAUUGAUCGGAUCAAUCGUAACUCUUUGUAAGACGGGGCCCUGGACACGGUAUACAUGUACAUGAACCAUAUAUACGCCCCCUCCAAAAAAGGACCCCGCCAACUUUGUCAUGCGCCAUUCAUGCAGGCCUUUCAUAUAAUGUAACAAAAAGCCCCAUGGAUCCAUGAAGCAGCGCACACGAUGUACCUUAUUCAAACAUAAGACCCAGUUCUUUAGUUAUAGUUUUAUUUCGACGGGUUGUGCUCCCAAGGAAAGGAAGGAUAUAUUUUUUGUGUGGAACUUGUCUGAUUCUAUACGAAAAGGAGAAUCUCGAAGAAGAAAAUGUCGAUGUUUGCAGAAAUGAUUUCGGUGUCGUAUCUGGCUACGACCACGGCCACUUUCCUCGUUGGAUACCUUCUCGUCAAACAGCUAAUUGGUAAACGAUACAGGCUCCCGCCUGGUCCAAAAGGCUGGCCUUUCAUCGGAUCGUACCCAACUAUCGUAUCAGGAAAGUAUGACCAAAGGGAACUAUUUGGCAUGUGGGCUGAGGAGUAUGGGGAUAUCUACACGUUCAACGUCUUUGGGACCCGAUUCGUCAUCUUGAACAGCCACGACCUAGUUCAAGAGGCGUUUCAGAGCCCAGACAUCAACGAUCGCGCCCCAAUACUUCCUUGUAAUAGAGCCCUGAACAGACCAAACACGGGACUCGGGUUAAUCUCAGAAAACGAAGGCCCACUCUGGAAAGAACAACGCCGUUUUGUCAUCAGUAACCUCCGUAAUGUGAGGAAAUCAAACAACAAUUUUGAGGAUUUGGUGAUGGCGGAAGCGGCCAAACUUGUCAAAGAAUUCGCCAACCGGAAGUGUGUUGCCUUCGAUCCAGCUGACAGUAUUUUUGUCACGGCAUCCAACGUUGUCAUCGGCAUCGUUACAGGAAAGACCUAUGACUACAACGACGAGGAGUUCGUGGAGCUCACCAAGAAGGCGCGGGCAAUCUUUGAAUGGAUGGGUCCAGGAUCAUUCUUCUACCAUGUCCCAGUACUGUCCUACAUGCCUUUCGAGAUCAACAAGAUGGGAGAUGCCGCUGCUAAGGGUAUGUUCGACUUUCUGGACAAGAUCCUGCAGAGACAUCGGCAGUCAUAUGACCCGGCAGACAAGCCAACAGACUUGAUAGAGGAUUUUCUACAUGAACAGGCGAAACGAAAUGCAAAGAACAUGGAUGUGGGAUCGUUCAAUGAUCUAUGCCUUAAACAGGUUGUAUGGGAUCUCAUCCUGGGUGGCUUUGAGACUGUCUCCACUAGCAUUUUGUGGUACUUUCUCCUCAUGGCCCAACACCCAGAUAUACAGGCCAAUGUCCAGGCCGAGCUCGAUAAGGUCGUCGGGCGGGAUCGUCUCCCAUCCCUGUCCGACCGCCACAAACUUCCCCACACGGAAUCGACCAUGGUGGAAUGCUAUCGAAUCUGCAAGGUUCUCCCUACCCAAAUUCCACACCGUACUCGUUGCGAUGUGAAGAUUGGAGGCUACGACAUCCCGAAGGGAACGAACGUCGCCACGAAUGCCUACAUGCUCGCGUCCUCGGCUGCUGUCUGGAGUGAUCCCGAACAGUUCGUCCCGGACAGAUUCAUCGAUAAAGAGUCGGGACUGUUCGACAGCAAACUGGAAGCUAAACUUAUGGAAUUCGGAAGUGGUCGAAGGGUGUGUCCUGCAGAACAACUGGCUCGUACAGAACUCUUUGUGUUCUUCACACACAUCUUACAUCGCUUCACCCUUAAACUACCGGAAGGGACACCCAUUUCUAUGGCGGGAAAGUGUGGUUUGACGUACCAUCCUGACCCCUUUAAAUUCGAAGCGGUUCCCCGAAAUUCAACCAUCGAAGAAGGGGCUUUCCUAUAGACAUGAUAGAGGGUUGCCGGAAUUGUAGAAUAUGUGACCAGCCAACUCAAAACCAACACUAAGUCGCUAUGGAGGCUUCUCUGUUUCCUUGUUUUUUGAAGCUCUAACUGAAAUUUCUUUCUUUUCAAUAAAAUAUUGGUGUCCGUUAUUGUUGAUCAAAGCUUAAUAGGAUGUUCUUUUUCCGUCUGGAUAAUCAUUUUGGCGACUUAUUGUUGGUCUUUGGGUGGCUAGUCACGUCGUGGCACGUCAUGAUUGUGGCUUCAAUUAUUUUGCACAAUGUUCAGAUUUGUAUUCAGUCUACUUACUGGACAAACCGAUAUUAUAUUGUUUUUAAUAACCUUUCUUAAUUUCCAAAAGAAUGCUUAAUGAGAUGAUGAGCACGAUUGUAAUCAUAUAUGGUUGAUUUCCGGGAUACUAUAUUUUUUUAUUAUUACAGAUAUUUAGGUGAGGGAAAGAAAGUAAGAUAAAGUAUAUUAUGCUAAGCGAUGAGGUUGAAAUAGUGUACUUCCAAGGUUAAGUGGUGGAGUAUUAUCUAGCAUAAUAGUCACAGGUGAAUUAAAUACGGGAAAUAAAGUAUAUGGGGUAUGACAAUUUGGUAUGUUAUUUCGAUUUACGAUUUAUCGUUUUUGUAGUAUGACGUAGGUUAUGGGUAUUUAUCGUAGUCAAAGCAGUCGUGAUUAUUAUUUAACAUAAUGCGAGAAUAUUAUUGUUGGAGAAUACGAGGCGGGAAAUGGAGUAUAUUGUAUAAAGUUUGGCAUUG